AGUGCACCGCAAUCCAAUGUUACAGUAUUUAAUUCCCACCCCCGGUUUUUUUUCUUUGGCUGGCUUCGUGCCGUUGGACAUCUGUCUUUGCUGUACGUACAGGUAAUGACAGCGGAGAAUUCUUUCUCUCCUAUUCCUGCUCCUGCUCCUCCUCUUCCUGCUGCAGCUCCUUUUCGUGCAUAUCACUGAGCAUUGCUGCUGCUGCUGCUGCUGCUGCUACUGUUACUGUCUAGCGCCGUUCCUGUCAGUUGAUCUCCGUCCCCCGCAAGUCACCAACUCAAUUCUUCAUCCGGUCCAAAAGUCCGUGUGUCAUUCACCUCUUCUUUUCCACCAACACACGCACUCCGGACGUCGCGCGCAAAAGUACAAAGUAUCCGUACCCGUUCCGUUCCUCGACCCACGACUUCACUCGACGCUGCUGGUUAACACCUCGCUCGACGUCAACAACUGACCUUUUUGGACUCACCGCCCAGCGCGAGACUCGACUUCACCUUGUCGACUCGUCCACCACGUCCGUCAUUCUACCGUCUCUCUCACACACCCUUUUUCUCUCUCCCCCUUCACACCUCGACCGUACUACACACUGCAAACCGCCGUCCCUCGCGACGACCACCUGCCACCAUGGGUGUCAUCUUCUACCUCCUGCACCCGAGCCAGCUCCGCGCCAUUAUCCAAUGGAAGGUCUGGCACGACCCCGUCCACCGUCGCGACCCUUCCAAGGAGGAUCCCACCCUCACGGCAUGCUUCGAACAUCUCAACAAGACAAGCCGCAGCUUCUCGGCCGUCAUCCAGGAGCUCAACCCCGAGCUGCUGGUGCCCGUCUGCUUGUUCUACCUUGUCCUGCGCGGCCUCGACACCAUCGAAGACGACAUGACCAUCGACAUCAAGGAGAAGGAGCCGCUGCUGCGCCAGUUCGACCAGUACAUGGAGCAGGACGGCUGGACCUUCACCAAGAACGGCCCCAACGAGAAGGAUCGCGACCUGCUGGUGCACUUUGACGACGUCAUCACCGAGAUGAAGAAGAUCAAGAAGCCAUACUACGAAAUCAUUAAGGACAUCACCAUCAAGAUGGGCAACGGUAUGGCCGACUACGCAAAGAACGCCGCGUUCAACGAGAACGGCGUUGCCACCGUCAAGGAGUACGAAUUGUACUGCCACUACGUCGCCGGCCUCGUCGGCGACGGCCUGACGCGCCUCUUCGUCGAGGGCAACAUGGCCAAUCCCAAGCUUCUGGAGCGCCCCGAGCUCACCGAGUCCAUGGGCCAGUUCCUGCAAAAGACGAACAUCAUCCGCGACGUCCACGAGGACUACCUCGACAAGCGUCGCUUCUGGCCCAAAGAGAUCUGGGGCAAGCACGUCGACACGUGGGACGAUCUCUUCAAGCCCGAGAACCAGCGUAAGGCCCUCGACUGCAGCUCCGAGAUGGUGCUCAACGCCCUCAAGCACGCCGAGGAGUGCCUUUUCUACAUGGCCGGCAUCAAGGACCAGAGCGUCUUCAACUUUGUCGCCAUCCCCCAGAGCAUGGCCAUUGCCACUCUUGAGCUCGUCUUCCGCAACCCGGCCAUCUUCAGCAGCCACAUCAAGAUCACAAAGGGCGAUGCCUGCCAGCUCAUGUCGGACUCAACACAGAACCUGUUUGUCGUGUGCGAUGUCUUCCGGAAAUACACCCGCCGGAUACACAGGAAGAACGACCCCCGCGACCCCAACUUUGUGCAGAUCAGUGUGCAGUGCGCCAAGAUUGAGCAGUUCAUCGACUCGUUGUUCCCGCGACAGGACCCUAAGAAGCUCGGAGAAGCGGCGAAACAGAAAGAGCGGGGCCAGCCGGGCAUGGACCCAGGCGAAGCCUUCAUAUUGGGCGGCAUGGUCCUGCUGACCCUCUUUUUCGUCUCUGCUCUUAUGAUCGGAACGGCUUGGUACUUUGGCGCCCGCUUCGACACGCUUUGGAAGACGGACAGCGUCUACUGGCCCGGCACGCAGCCCGGCUCGGCGCCGAUUGACCACAAGGAGUUGUAGACUCCGGACAAGACAAGAACAAAUGUUGUUCUGUUCUUUGGCUACGCUUCAUCUGACUUGUUGACGGUACAUAUUGACGAGGAGUUUUCGGUUGCCCACUGCCGGCCUGACGACGUAUUGAGGAGCCCAUACUAAUUUUUGCUAAUACACACACCAUCGUUGUGAUGGGUUUUUCGCGAUGGCAUCGUUUUAUCGCUUCCACCUA